GCGAGGCGGGGGGAAAUGGCGAGCGUGCAGCAAUGCGAUUCCUCGUGAGGAGACAGUAGACACCGGGAACCGGGGGACAGGCAGCUCGAGGACAAGGAGAAGCAGCCAUGGAGGACUCCGAGCCCGCAGAGGACGGCUUGCUCGCGGGCUUGCGGUGGAACCGGAGCGCACGGGACCAGGCUCAGCUCAGACACAAAAUCCGGGACCUGCCGGGGCUACUCAAGCACGGACUGCACCUGCGGAAGAAGAGCCAGUCACCUGACACUAUCCCUGGACCGAGUACCGGACCUACAGUACACAAGUCUUGCUCCCAGAGUUUUCCAUGUGGCGGUCGGGCCGUGAGGAAUGCCUUCCUCUCUCAUGGACCAUACCCAGCUAAAGACAAGAUACACCUGGCCAGAAUCAUAAGGCGUAGCUAUGUGGGCGUGGAACUGGUGCAGUGGUUGUGCGAGCAGUGUGUGUACGUGCGCUGUCGGACUACUGCUGUGCGUGUCUGGCAGGUGCUGCUGGAGCUUGGAGUCCUGCUGUCUGUGGAUCAGCGGGUGGUGUUCUCGGACUCAAACUCAUACUACCAGUUCAGCUUCGAGGAGUGUGAUUCCGCCGCUUGUGAGUUUCGCUCCAAUGAGGGGGAGUGGUCAGAGGCUGUCAGACUCCUCCUGCAACUUGCCCCAUAUGUCCAGUUUCGCUCUGGAGGCGGGGCCAAUAGCCCGUCAGAGGAAGACUCUGAAGGCAACAGGGACAUCUGCAGUGAGAUUCUGCAGAUGAAAGCUCUCGAGAGGCUCACAUCUACGGUACAAAAUGAGUUGGCGGCCGCUCUCGCCCGAAAGACUCGCAAAGCUUUAUCGGAGCAGGACUCUGAGACGGCAGAGACGAACCAACAGGAGCCUCGCACACCCAGCGAGGAGAGCAGCCCGCUGGGCGGGGUGUGUGCAUUGCGGGAUGGUGGCAGCAGUGGCAGUGGCAGCGGAGGUAUGGGGACUGUGUGCGGCCGCGAGGAGCUGACCACUCGGCUCGGGCUGGAGGCCGUUCAGCGUCUGGCCAAGGAUGGCUGUCGGCUGCUGCAGAACCACAACUACCGGCUGCCCGACAGGAACCAGGCCGAAGCACUUGGACGAGUGUGUCUGAAGGAGCGAGGUCGGGACGUGUUGGUGUUGCGAAGAGUGACAUCUACAGUGACGUCUCCAUCGGACCGGCCCUCACCCACGUUGUCAGGGGGCGGUUCCAGGGAGGAGGAUUGCGACAAGAGGUAUGUGGUGGUUUCGGGAACGCCACUCAAAAUCUUGGAGCAUCUACUAAGUGACCUGCGGUUGGAUGACCAAAGAGGGGUGUCAGAGAGCAGAGAGAGUGAAUUGUUGCUGGAUGACUUCCUGUUGACCUACCUGGUGUUCAUGUCCACCAAUGACCUCUGUCAGGCUCUUCUUGGACACUAUAGCAGUGCCCGCUGCAGGGGUCAGGAGGAGGGCAAGGACGCUCUCUUUAGGAAACGUAAGGUACUGCAGCUGGUGUCCCACUGGAGCAGGCUUUACAAGGACUUCGUCAAGGAUGAGGAGCACGUCAGGAGCUUUAUGAAGACUCUGUACAGGUGUGUUUUGGAAGACCUGUAUGAGUUCCCUACACUGGAGAAAGAUCUGAAGGAAUUCCAGAAGCUCCUGCGUCGGAGACACACUGUGGAUGACUGUCCUCCCAACCAAAAGAGUAAACAAAUGUAUCAGCAGCUGAGUUUGAAGGAAAACAGUUUGCACCUCAGAAGUCCACAGACAGACACCAGAGAGGUCAUUUGUUGCGUGUACGUGAGCGCUGACUCCUACCUGAGUGUCCACAUCCACCCGUCACUGGAGUCCCGUGAGCUGCUGAGGAUCAUUGGUCAGAAGAUGGACAGAGCAGAAGAAGAGAUGGUGCUCGCAGUGGUUUCACACACCGGAGAGCGGAGGAUGUUACAGCCCAGUGACUGUGUGUAUUCAGAGUCUCUGACCCCACAGGGAAAGCUUGUGGCCUGUCGCAGGGAUCUCACUGAGAUCUUGCCUCCUCUAACAGACAGUGGUGAGCUCAGCAGGAGGCCCGUACGACUCUUAGGCAUCAACACCUGGGACGUGGCGGCUGCUCUAGCACGCCUGGACUGGAGCCUCUUCAAAUCCAUCCACGAGCAGGAGCUGGUGUACUACACCCUCAGCCGUGCUCCUGGAUCCGGCAACACAACAGCGCUCUCACUCCUUCUCCAGCGCUGCAACGAGGUCCAGCAGUGGGUCAUGUCCGAGGUGCUCAUGUGUGUCUCCCUAAAUAAGAGAGUGCAGCUGCUGAAGAAGUUUAUCAAGAUAGCUGCUCAUUGCAAAGCCCAAAGAAAUUUGAACUCUGCAUUUGCCAUCAUCAUGGGUCUCAACACCGCAGCUGUCAGCAGACUCAACCAAACCUGGGAGAAAUGUCCAGGGAAGUUCAAGAAGCUUUUCUCAGAGUUGGAGCUCAUCACGGAUCCGUCUCUGAACCACAAAGCCUACAGGGAAUCCUUCAAGAAGAUGAAACCUCCCAAGAUCCCUUUUAUGCCUCUUCUCCUGAAAGAUAUCACCUUUAUCCACGAGGGAAAUAAGACGUUCCAUGACAACCUGGUCAACUUUGAGAAGCUGCAUAUGAUCGCAGACACCGUGAGGAUGAUUCGCCACUGCCAGAGCGACCAACCAGGCAACGAGGUGAUCGGGGUGAACAGUGCGGAGGUGAGGGCGAGUGUUGACUACCUGCACAUCAUCGACAAUCAGCAGACUCUUUUCGAGCUGUCGCACAAACUGGAGCCCCGUGCUUAAACACACAAACCCACUGGACACGACACAAUGGAGAUCCUAGCUUCUGUGACACGGAGGACACUUCACAACACAAUGUCGCGCGUGCGCGCGCGCACACACACACACUGCUGCCAAGUGGUGAAACCCACAAAGACACAGGGCUGCACUCGGCUUUAAACACUGGACAUGUGCUUUUAAAGGAUUCACACGCUUUGUGAAAUGUCUGUGGGAAGAGAAUCUGUGCAGCAGCGCUGAGAUUUGCCAAACUGAGAGAGACGGAAAAGGAGGCUGUAAUUAGUUUGUACAGUAUCUAUUGGACUGAAUAUGCCCUUGGUUUAGUUCUUGUGAUGAUUUUUUGGUUAUUUAUGAGCCUGUCCAGCAGGUGGAACGUUUCCUUUAAUUCUGUCAAAGUCUCGUCAGUUUCCUCUGGAGGUCAAAUAGGACGCGAGAGCCUCGUCAUCAUUUCAGUCACAAACGCUCUUGUGUUUAUAACCUGACGGUGUCAUAUUAUUUAAUCUGCAUUCCAUGUAUCUGCCUCGUGAUGCAUGUAUACGCAGGAUACAUGCUGCAGUUAUGCAGGUGUAGGUUUGGUUAUUGUACUGUAGCAUAUUAUUCAACACCUUUUUUUUUAUUACCCUUUUCUCACUAAAGUUCUGUAUUUUGACUAAAAACGUGCAGCUUCAGUGACAAAAGGUGCAACAUUAACGGUUUGUCAGUCCUGGCCCCCUGAAUGGAGCAUUGUGAGAGGUUUCCACUGACUGACCCGUGAGGUUUGAAACCCCGAAGCUCUCCUGAACGUCUCUCAAAUACUGUUGAUGAAUACUGAAUAGUUGUAAAGUCCUGGCUGGCUUUUAACACUCCGUGCUCUCUUCUCUGUGAUGUUUUUUUUUCUGUGAAUAGAUAAUUAUUUUACAUUGUAUAUAAUAUGGACCUAUACAUUUUUCAGUGCCAAAUGUCACGUUGAGUCCUGCAGCACAGAUGUUGAAAUCUUGUUUAGUUUUUUAGUUUUUUUAAUCACAGAUUUGUUUAUUUUUGAGUGAGCUCUGAAAUGACGUCUGGUCCUUGAUCAUGUGAAGCAGCUCUGACUGUAGAGAUGCUUUCUGACAUUAUGAUGACUGAUUCCCAGUUGUAUAUGAUGGUGUAACUCACAUCAUGGGUUGCUAUGGAAAUACAGCCCCAGUAGUUAAAGUCAAAGCACUGCACCACAGUUAAGAAAUAGCUUUAUUCUACAAAAUCAUGUUCAUGAGCAGAUUCUAACAUUUUACCAUCUGUUCUUACUGACUGAAUAGAUCACUUCAUAGAGAAGGGAUCAUGUGUAAACUGUCUGAAAACUAACACAGGUUGCGGACAUUAUACAUGAAGCACAAGGGCACAUACUGUCUCCCUUUAUAGGAAGAAUAUCUGGUUGGAGUUUUACAGAUUUGGUUCAUCCACUGAUUUUUCAAAACUUCUAAAGUUGCGUAUUCCUGUCGACACAUCCACGACUCGUGAAAAGCUUCUAUUUGUCGUUCGAAUCCAAGAGUUAGUCUUGUAAAUGUCAUUAUAACCCUGCCUCACUGUCGUCAUCAGAACCAAAAUGCAGCAGGAGAUGAUGGGAAUUAUUAAGAAAUGAUAUAUGAUUGAGGAUGCAUACAAAUCCAGACACUCUCCAGACCCAUGAGCAGACCUCACUUGUGUUUGCAUCAUUUUGUCCUCGCCCUGCGUCUGUUCAUGCCGUCACUUCACUGGUGCAUUUCUGCUCAGUAGGAGGAACCAUCCGAGGUUGAGAUUCCUAAGUGUGACAUAAGUAGUGAUGCAUGUCUUGCAUUGUUUAGAUAGCUAUGAAGCAUGGGGGUAAAGUGCAAUACAGUAGUAAUGUUUGUUGCCACAAGUGUUCACCAUCACCAUCAUUUCAAAACGAAGCUUUGUUCAGAACACAGAGCUGCUCUUUCCUGCAGACCAUGAUGACUCAGCUGGGUAAAUGAAAAUCUGACUUUGAAAAAAAAUGCUUUGGUUCAGUUGGUCCAGAUUUGUAUAUGGAUCGGCAUCAAAUUGCACACAAUAACCCCUAAACAUGUCAACAUUUCUUUUUUUGUCAAGAACCAUUAAUUCUUCUCCGUGAAAUCAAUGAAAAUGCUGAAAAACGUCCUUUAUCACAAUGUUAAAGAAUGUAAAAAAAGAUCCUGGAUCUGCCCCCUGAUCCAGAACCAAAAUUGAAUGGGGCUCUACCGUGACCUUAAUCCUUCCAGUAGUUUUUGGGGCAAUCUUGCUAACAAACAAACAAACAGCGUGAAAACAUAACCUCCAUGGUGGAGGUAAUUAUAAAAGUGAUCACAAGGGAAAGACUCACCUUAAACUUAAUUUUAUGUCAUGCUAUGUAACCACGUAGUUAUGUUUAAAAUCUAAAAUACUACACACAUCAUCCAGGAAGUGUUGCCUGAUAUUACACAUGUGAGUCUUGAGAUAAUUUCCUUCAAGUUAUUGACGUCCACAAAUCCUACAUUAACAAUUUAAGAAAAUUCGAAUAAUAUUCAAAUGAUAACAUUCAAUUUGAAAUUAUAUUCAAAUAGACCAAUGCAAUCUAUUUCUAUUUCUAUACAAACAAUCCAGUAGCCAGUCAGAUUUACCUUUAGCCUCAGUGUACCCUCAAAUUCGUCCUGUAUCAUUGAUUACGAGGCAAAAAAAAAGAUGAUGCAAACAUGCACAGCUGAAGUGGGACAUCCCUCACAUCCGCUGGUGGCUGCAAACACCUGCUAACAUCUACUGGUAGUUGGUAACUUAAAUUGUGCAGAAGACCCUCAAACGUAAAAGGGAUAUUCACCAUCUUGUCCUGUAUUCUAAAAAAAUACUGGUCACACCAGACCAAAUGCAGCAGUAGCAGCAAAACGUCAGCGUGUUCUAAAUUCGGCAACAAUUUAGUUGUAUUCAGUUUUUUAAUUAUGAGAGCUUGUUAUUUCUUUUUAAAGUCAAAUUUCAAAGAUGCUUUUUGUGAAACCAAUUCAGUGAUUUGUGAUUCGGCUGUGAGAGCUGAUAAGUCAGAGUUGUGGUUUCUUUGUAUUCAGCGUCAUAGAGAGGCCCUGUGGUCGUCAUAUUUACUAGUAAGCAAGACACACACACACGUACACAGGCACAACACUGCUCCAACUCGUCCACGGAGCAGAUCAAUUGUUCUGAAAGAGUUAUUUAUUAUUAUAUAUUGUUUAUUUAUGUAUUUUAAAGUUGACAAUAUUUCGGUUUAUGUGCCAGAAGCUUCACUGCUGGAAUGUAAAAGUAUGUAUUGUGUUUUAUGGACACUUGAGGGCAGCAGAGGAGUAGGUUGAUGUGAUGACCUUUGAGAAAACCACAGGAGGUUGUAUUCAGUAUUUUGUCAUAACUGUGUAAAAUAUUUUUUAUAUCAAUGUUGAAAAUCUGUUUGCAUGUUAAAAUAAAAACACAAAGUUCACAAUGCAAGACAGGACACAUUGAAGGCUUUGUACUAUUGUAAUAUUGUCUGUGUGUAAAUAUGCGCCCACAGUUGUUAUGUCAUUACUGAUCUGUUGUAAAUGGAAACCUCAAGAGUCAACAAUGAAGCAAUACGUCUCCCCCUCGUGACCCCCCAGCCUUCAGAUAGCUGGAGCUACACGUCUUUUCUAAAGCUUCGUUUUACUAUGUGAACAUUUUACUGAAAAUGAAUAAACUAUAGGUUUUAUGUGACA